GGUGGAAAGGGGCGCGUGGGCGCAGCCAUGGACGGGGAGGGCGCGUACGAGCCGGGCUUCGUGGGGAUCCGUUUCUGCCAGGAAUGUAACAACAUGCUGUACCCCAAGGAGGACAAGGAGAACCGGAUCCUGCUCUACGCCUGCAGGAACUGCGAUUACCAGCAGGAGGCCGACAACAGCUGCAUCUACGUCAACAAGAUCACGCACGAAGUGGACGAGCUGACCCAAAUCAUCGCUGACGUGUCCCAGGACCCCACCCUGCCCCGAACCGAGGAUCACCCCUGCCAGAAGUGCGGGCACAAGGAGGCCGUGUUCUUCCAGUCCCACAGCGCCCGCGCCGAGGACGCGAUGAGGCUUUACUACGUGUGCACGGCCCCGCACUGCGGCCACCGCUGGACAGAGUGACCCCAAAACUGAGCUCAGAAUCACCCCCAAAUCACCCUGAAAUCACCCCAAAACUGAGCUCAGAAUCACCCCCAAAUCACC